GGCGGGGAGAGCCCCGGGGCUCGGCGGAGCCGGUCCCGCCGGACCCGGACCGGCACCGGGCUGCAUGCAGCGGCGGCGGCGGCGGGGCCCGUAGGGGCGAGGGCGGGCCGGGGCUGCGCCGCCUUCUCCUCCUCCUUCUCCUCCUCUUUUUCCCUGCCGGUGCCGCGGAGCGGAGGAGCCACCGGGGGCGGGCAGCGGCGGCCCCCGCAUGCGGCCGAGCCCCGGGGCAGCCGCCGCGCCCGGAGCCGCCGCUCCCCGCGGGGGGGGGAUGCGCCGCGCCGCGCCCCGCUCCCGCCGCCGUAAAGUUUCCGCCGGGCCCCCCCGUUAACGGAGGGAAGGAGCCCUGGGAUAGCGGGGGGGGGGUGGGGGUGGGGAGGAAACGGCAAAAAAAAAUCAAAAAAUCAAAAAAUCUCAAACCCAAAAAACCCCCAACCGAACAACCCCCCCCGCCCGAAAAAAAAAAACUAAAAAAAAUCCCAAACCGGCCGCCGCCCCCCGGGCCCCCCCCCCCCCCCCCCGAAAAAAAAACUAGGGAAAAAAAAAACAACAACAAAAAAACCAACAAACUUGCUGAACUCGUUCCGCUCCAUGCGGCGGCGGGGCCGGUGCUGAGCCCCGGGGCGCGGAGCCAUGGCCAUGGUGGCCGGUGGUUGGGGGGAGCCCAACGGCGGCGGCGGAGAGGAGGGGGCGUCCCCGGCGGGCGGCGGCAGCGACGCGGAGCACGGCGAGGAGGAGCGGGCCGGGGCGGCGGUGGAUUGCGUGGUGUGCGGGGACAAGUCCAGCGGGAAGCACUACGGGGUCUUCACCUGCGAAGGCUGCAAGAGCUUCUUCAAGCGCAGCAUCCGCAGGAACCUCAGCUACACCUGCAGGUCCAACCGCGACUGCCAGAUCGACCAGCACCACCGCAACCAAUGCCAGUACUGCCGGCUGAAGAAGUGCUUCCGCGUGGGAAUGAGGAAGGAAGCCGUGCAGCGGGGCCGGAUCCCCCCCACCCACUCCAGCACCAGCCCCAACACCCUGCCCAGCGGGGAAUAUUUCAACGGGCAGCCGGUGUCGGAGCUGAUCUCGCAGCUGCUGCGGGCUGAGCCCUACCCGGCCGCGCGCUACGGCUCCCAGUACGCGCAGCAGGGCAGCGUGAUGGGCAUCGACAACAUCUGCGAGCUGGCCGCUCGCCUCCUCUUCAGCACGGUGGAAUGGGCCCGGAACAUCCCAUUUUUCCCCGAACUACCCGUCUCCGACCAGGUGGCCCUGCUGAGGCUCAGCUGGAGCGAGCUCUUCGUCCUCAACGCGGCGCAGUCGGCGCUGCCGCUGCACAUGGCGCCGCUGCUGGCGGCCGCCGGCUUCCACGCCUCCCCCAUGUCGGCUGACCGGGUGGUCUCCUUCAUGGACCAGAUCCGCAUCUUCCAGGACCAGGUGGAGAAGCUCAACCGGCUCCAGGUGGAUUCGGCCGAGUACAGCUGCCUCAAAGCCAUCGCCCUCUUCACGCCGGAUGCCUGCGGCCUCUCGGACCCGGCGCACGUGGAGAGCCUGCAGGAGAAGGCUCAGGUGGCCCUGACCGAGUACGUGCGCUCGCAGUACCCGGCGCAGCCCCAGCGCUUCGGCCGCCUCCUGCUGCGGCUCCCGGCGCUCCGCGCGGUGCCCGCCGCCCUCAUCUCCCAGCUCUUCUUCAUGAGGCUGGUGGGGAAGACGCCCAUCGAGACGCUCAUCAGGGACAUGCUGCUCUCCGGGAGCACCUUCAACUGGCCCUACGGGACGGGGCAGUAGGGGACACAGCUUCUCCCCACCCCUGCUGUCCCCAGGGACCUGCAGCAGCCAGGCUCGGAUUUCCUUCCAGUGUCCUCCCUGGGGGAGCCCCAAACUGUGCCAGCCUCACCCCCCCUAAGCCCCCAUCUUGUGGCUCAUUCAUCUGCUGCAGCACCCCCCAAAAAAUGGGGGGGCAUCAUGGUGGUAUCCUCCUGAACCCCAAGGUACUGGCUGUGCCACCACUGCUGGAUGCAAACGCCUCCGUACCCUCAUGGAGUGGGGCUCCCUGCACCUCAAGUCUCCUUGGGACAUUGGAUUAUCUUCUGGGGUCCUCAGAGCAGUCCUCAGGGACCUUGGAGCAGUAGCUGGCAUCCUCGGAGCAUUCCCCCCCCCCCGGGGUCUUUGGAGCAUCCCUAAGGGUUCUUGGAGCUUCCCCAAGGACCUGGGGGUGUCCCCAGGAUGGUCCUUGUCCCUGUCCCUGUGUCAGAGCUGGGAUGGAGCCUGGGGGGGGUUGGAAUCUGCCCCUCCAAAUCUGAAUUUCAGAUGUCAGGAGGCUGGGACAGGAGGUGGGAUGCAGGUUCUGGUUGUGCAGAGCCAUCCUUGGCAGGGGGUGUUGGGGUGUUCCUGCUGUGGGACACCCCCACUUCUGCCCCCUUCCAGUUCUGACAAGAGUGGGUAAAGGGUCAUUUUAAAGCCCCUUUGGGCCGGAUCCAGCCUUGAGGACUGAAGCGCUGAGCUUGGAACAGCGGGUUGGGGGGGGCUGUGCCUGAUCCCAGCCCCUUCCCCCCCCCACCCUGCACUUGCCAUUGAGAUGUCACCUCUAAGAGGGGGACAGGGGUGCAGGGGAGGGUCUCAGUGGGGGUGCAGGGGUGGCUGACCCAGGGCUAUGCACCACGCAGGGUGCAAACCUUUAUUUUUUUGGGUGCUGUUCAGCACCCACCAUCCAGCCCCUUCCUCACUGCCUGGCUUGGUCCUUUACCUGCUGCACCACCCACCAGGGUCAGAUCCAGCACCCACCACCCUCCCCACAAAAUGGGGGCCACCAGCCCCCCCGUCCCCGCCCCCGCUGUGCUCCUGUGCCUCAUGGGUUGGGGUUUUUUGUUUGUUUGUUGGGUUUUGUUUGUUGUUGGGUUGUUUUUUUUUUUAAGCCAGGUUUGGGGGGGGAGAGGAAGACUUUGGGGGGGGGGGGGGGAAGGGAGCGGGGGGCGUGGAAAUCCAGCUGGAAGGGGGUGAUGCUGCUGGUGGAUUGGGUGGGGGUGUCCCUGUCCCCAGGACUGACCCAGGACAAAGAAAGGGACAUAUGUAAGGGGGGCAGAGCCAUGUAGGGGGGCAUGGGGGACACCCCAUGGCCUCUGCUCCCAUGCUGGCAGUGCUGGGGUGUCCCCCUCCUUGCCCCCCUCACCCCUUUUACCCCUCCCCCCAACCCCCCCACCCAGGCUCUGCUUCUCAGGGGUCUCCACCGUGCAGACAGAGGCAGGAUGUAGCCAGGGAUUUGGCAUUUAGAUUGAUUCACUGAGAGAAAAGAUAUAUAUAUAUAUAUAAUCCUUGUUCAAUGAUACUAAACAAAUUAACUGAAGUCAAUAAAAGAUGUUUCUUACAA